UUGGUCGCUGGGACGCAAACGGCGGUGACAUCCUGCGACGCUACGGGAUGUACAACUGAAUCCAAUGCGUACAAUGUCUUAAUCCAGAACGAGACCUUCAAGUUAAAAGUAAAACUUUUCGAUACAGUGGGUCUCGGUGAGGGCCCUGAAGGAACAGUCCCCGACAAGGAUGCUCGGCGGAUUCUGAAGAAGCUCCUUCGAGAUCUUAUGAAGCAAACCGACAUCCAUCUCCUCAUGUACUGUGUGCGGGGUGUGAGAGUGACGAAGGCGCUCUGCCGCAACUACAAUUUAAUCCACUCCGAAGUGAAGGAGAGAGUUCCAAUCGUUCUUGUCGCCACAAGUUUAGAAGACAAAAGACCAGAAAUGGAAGAAUGGUGGAGGGAUAACGAGCGAUCCAUCUCAGACUUCGGGAUGACCUUUGCUGGUCACGCAUGUGUCACCACAGCGACUAUUGACAGAUAUGCUGGGGAUGAGCUCAAGCGGCGCCGAACACAAUCAUACCACGCCGUCUGUCAACUUAUCGAACACAGGAAAAAGCAUAAAGAUAUCGUACUCGCUGGGGAGACGGCGGCAAGCGCUGGUUCACCCGUUCACCACGCCGUGGCAGAGGAGAUAGCGUCGACAGCUCCUGACUUACGACUCUGUACAUUACAGAGGACCAAGCGUCAAAGUAUCGUGCUCUUCGGGGAUACAGGAGCAGGCAAAAGCUCACUCAUAAACCUCAUGGCGGGAAAGAAGGUGGCGCGUACAUCUCCUGACAUGCAACGCUGUACAAUGCACUGGCAAGAGUAUAACAUUGACUUCGGCGACACGCCUUACAGAGUCUAUGAUACUAUCGGACUCGAGGCACCGCAGCUAGGAAUCAAGGAGUACCUCGAGUUUGUAGAGAAUGCCUAUCAGCUCAUCAAACGAUUGGAUAAACAAGGUGGCAUUGAUCUGCUUUUAUUCUGCGUUCGCGCCGGCAGAGUCACUGCUACGCUGCAGAGCAAUUACAGGCUCUUUCACGAAUUCCUCUGCGAGAAGAAGAUUCCUAUUGUUCUUGCGGUUACGAACCUUGAAAGAGAGAAUAGGAUGGAGGAUUGGUGGGAGAGAAACGAGGGCACCUUCGACAAGUAUCAAAUAAAGGUCGCUGGACAUGCGUGCAUCACCACCGCGGUUAGACUGGAUGGCAGACACAAAGACCUUUAUGAAGAAUCGCGCGUCACGAUCCGCGACCUUAUUGACAAAUUUACUGCAAACGAGCAGAAGCAAACAUGGUCAGGAGGGGAUAAUCUGUUCGUGUCAUUGACGCGUAAACUGAAGGAGUUGUUGAAGGGGAGUUCACAUGUGAGAAGGAAGGAUCUUGUUCCCCAUCUCACUAAGGGUUGUGGUAUUUCUCGAGAAGUUGCAAAACAGUUGGCUAAUAUGAUCAAGCACGACGCAAAAGCUACUUGA